AUGGAGCGCAGUGUCUCGUCAGACUAUUCCUACCCAGAAGUUGCCCUGUCACCCAGAGCCAUCCGCCGCACACGACAACCGUCCGACAGCGGCUCCUCAUACGGACGGCCAGACUCCCUUCCUUCACCAUCCAUCAGUCGUGCUGUGUACUCUUACACAGACUACGACCGGGACGACUAUGGCCGGGAUGACUACGGCCAGGACAGCUACGGCCAGGACACUGGCGCGUACAGCAACCCCUCCAAUAGCCCUGCCUCAUCUAGCCACCAGACCGCCGACGAGGACACUGGCCCGUUGAGACAAAGACGUCACGGUCGUGCCUCGAUGCAAGGGGACUCACCGAGAGCACCCUUGACAAACGGAGAUGACGGCGUCUCGCCGACAGAUUGGGCGCACUACAUAUAUCAUUAUACAGACGACGGCGGCUACUGGAAACUCCGGCCAGAGUUUGCGUACACGGGCGAAAGCCCAUCCAUACCUCAUCACAAAUCCAAAAGCAGGACGGCCGACAAUGACAGCUACGAGGGAGACGAGUCGACCUCGGGCUAUGUCUGCAUGUGGCCCAAAUGCGACGCCAAACACUUCAAACGCCAGGCCGACCUCCAGCGACACUACACGCAACGACACAUCAGCGAGAAGGUGCGCGAUUCCUGGCAGUGUGACCACAAGAAGUGUGCGCGCAGCGAAAAGGGGUUCGGGCGCCUGGACCACUACCGCGAUCACCUGCGAGACUACCACAAGGAGGACGUCUGUAAGCGCAAUAGUCCUGUUGACGACGAGUGGCUCAAGUCGCGCACCUAUCACGCGAGGUGGUGGCGCUGCUCCCGAUGCGUGAUCCGCGUCGAGGUUGCCAAGCACCCGGACCACGUGUGCCCCAAGUGUAAGACGGGCUGCGAGGAACAGAGGAAGAGCGCGCGGGGCCUGCGGUGA